GAGGAUUACAAUUUCACAAAAGUUUUGCAAGUUGUUGACACUUUUGGCCUAUUUUUACCUCCGCCGGAUGCCAUUUUGUCACCAACCAUCAUACGCUGUUACGGUGUCAAAUUAUCCUCACCGAAUCAAUCAACAUUUCUUUGAUUAAAAGGCUGUCGUUCGUUUGUUCUUGGAAUUAACUAUUUUUUUCACCAAAUUGUCAUUGUGCUUCUAGAUCAGUAGAUUCAAUGUCUAGCACAAAGACAAUGUAAAAUAAAGUCUAGAUCGACGUAUAACUAUUAAGAGUCUUAGUAUAACUGAAGGAAUUUUUUCUUUCAACUGAGAAUCUUCAGACUUUGUACUCUUCAUCAGAGUCCAGCAGCUGCAGCAAUAUGUCCAACUCAGCCCCUCCACAGGGCCCACCUCAGAUAUCUAGGCCUGUGGAAAAUAAGACACGCAUUCAACGGCCAAUGAAUUGUAAAGUACUUCUUCUUAAUGGGGAGGAAUAUGAAGUAGCCAUUGAUAAACGCUCCAGUGGACAAUUGCUGUAUGAAAGAGUAUGUGACUAUCUAGACUUGCUUGAAAGGGAUUAUUUUGGUCUCCAAUAUAAGGAAGAUUAUGAUCCUGAAAAUGUCAAGUUUUGGUUAGACCUCAGUAAGAAGGUUACAAAGCAGAAGAAACGUGGCAAGAUGGAGUUUGAAUUUGCUCUCAAGUUUUACCCACCUGACCCUACUCAGCUUACAGAAAGUCUUACAAGAUAUUUAGUUUGUUUACAAAUCAGAAGAGAUAUUAUCAGUGGAAAAUUGCCUUGUUCACAAGCUACACAUGCUAUGCUUGGCUCUUAUGCAGUGCAAGCAGAUAUUGGUGAUUAUGACCCCAUUGAUCAUGGUACUGGAAUAGAUUAUAUUCGAGACAUGCCCUUUGCACCUGACCAAACAGAGGACUUACUCUACAAGAUAGCAGCAUUGCAUAAACAACACAAGGGUCAAACACCUGAACAAGCAGAGAUGCAUUAUUUGGAAUACAGCAAGAAAAUUGCUCUUUAUGGUGUUGAUCUGCAUAAAGCUAAGGAUUCUGACUAUGUUGAUAUCUUGUUGGGUGUUGGUUCCACUGGAAUAUCUGUGUACAGAGACAAUUUAAGAAUUAACAGAUUUGUCUGGCCCAAAAUUUUGAAAAUUUCUUACAGAAGGAACAAGUUCUUACUUAGAAUAAGACCUGCUGAGUUUGAAACUUAUGAGAGCUGGGUGGCAUUCAGACUUCCUAACAACAAAAUGGCCAAGCGUAUAUGGAAGAUUUCUGUUGAGCAUCAUGCUUUUCUUAGACUCCGGUCUGCUGAUGAUGCUAAAAAAAGAACUGGCUUUCCAAGAUUUGGUUCCAAAUAUCGUUACUCUGGGCGCACACUUUAUCAAACUCGGCUAAAUGCAUCAAUGGCUGACAGACCCUCCAAACAGUUUGAGAGAACACACAGCCGACAGUCAUUGAAUUCAGUUCUCAACAACAACAGAUCAAGAAGUCUAGACAACUUGAAUCACAGACGAGAACCAUUUUUGGAGCAGCGCACAAUGGAGAUUCAAAACUUAUCUUUUGAUACUCUAAGAGAAGAGAGAAUGGAAAUUAGGAAUCGUACAGUGCUGUCCCGGGUCAAUGAAGAUUCUUUCCAUGAGGACAGUAGAAAUGCUUCUUUUAUAGAAGAGGACAGGACACCAUUUCAAUCUCCUCUACCUCGAGAAGAAUCUCCCAAAUUGAUUACUCGGCAAGUUAUAAGACAGCCAGUUCCAGAAGAAGACUCUGAUCUGGAUGACAGACUUCCUGCUCCACCAAAAGAAUCACCAGAAGAAGUGCGCAGGAUACUACCUAAAAAGAAUGUAUCAAAUAAUGCACACCUAGGUGGUGUACCAACACCGAUAGCUCUAGCAGUGCAAACUAAAAGGCAAAAGUCUGAGAGUGAAUCAGAUAGGUCUUCUAGAGACAGUCGAAGAUCUUCUAGAGACAGUGCUAGCUCACAAGGUAGUUUUGAUGCACGAAGAGCUGUACAGGAAGUAAUUCCUCCUCCUAAAUUGAAGCCUGAAGUUGCUGCCAAGCCUGGUAAAGAGAAACCUCCUGUAGCAAAGAAACCUGAGAAACCACCAGUAGCACCUAAACCUGGCAAGAAAGAAAAGGAUGAUGACUCUGGUAAAGAAAAUGAUAGCAAGAAAGCUUUAGAUAAAGAGAGUAAAAAGGACAAGAAAGAAAAAGUCACCAGAAAAGAUAGCAAAAAAGAAAAGGAGAAAAAAGAAGACAAAAAAGACAGUAAAAAGGAUUCAAAGAAAGAGAAGGAUGCCAAAAAGGGGAAAGAGUCAACUGCUUCAAAGAAAGGCAAGGAAGAAGUUCGUGAAGUUUUUAUGUAAUAUUUUAGUUCACUUUAGGGGUAUGCAUUAUGUUUUUGAUGUUCCAAUGUGUAUCAGGUUUUAUUUCUUUCUUUUUUUUUUUAAGAACAAAACAGUGCAUUUCGAUCUGUGGUGAUAGAUCAUUUCCUUACUUUUUAUUUUAUAUACACAUUGUAAACUGCUCAGUGAGGAUAAAGUCAUUUUAAACAAUAUGUUUACUUUGACAGGUUGGGAAAUGAAAAUGCAGAGAUUUUCAUUUGUAUAGUCAUUUAUGAAAAUUAUGUACAUAUGAAAAUUUUAGGCAGCCAUUAUUUGCAUGACAACAGAGAUUACAAUUUAAACUCCAUAUCAUUAUUAUGUUUAUAUUGUUGUGUAAUGAUUGUCAUAAUUAUUUGUUUAAUUGAAAGUAUGUUGUGCUGGCUAAUAGAAAUAAACAUUUUUACAUUCAUAAAUCAUUGCCUAACAGUGACAUAAAUUUCCUGUGUAUAAAUUUACUUUCUGUUGCUUCAUAAGAUCUGACAUUUCUUAACUCAAGAAUCAAUCAAGAGGAUUCAAUUUUUUUGUUCAUGGGGUGGGGGACCUGCAGUUUAAGAGCUGCAUAUAAAACUUUUUCUACAGAGUGGGAAUUGAGAAGGGGAAAUUACUUAUUGGCUUAAACAUCUUUCUUAUUGCUCCCUUAACUUUCGCACCUAGUUUAAGCUUAACAUGGAAUAAGAUGUAUAUUGUGAUAUGCAUUAAAGCUUUAGAACACUUUCUGUUCACUCCUAUCUUUCGACUAGCAAAGGCAGUUUACAAAGAAAGACUUGUAACAUUUUAUAUUUACUUUACAAGUAUUACAUAUAUUUAGUCCCUCAUACCAUGUAAAUACAAAGUGUAGGUUUGUUUACCUUUUGUACAUUCCUUUUAUGUUAUACAUUUUAUAGCCUUGUUGUAUUUUGUCAAAAGCAGUUAUUUCAGAACAUUCCAGAACAAACUAUUUACAAACCCCUAUUGUUGAAAUUUUUAUAUUCUAACAUUUUUUAAUUGAUGAAAUUCUCUUAAGCUAUAUAUAGAUUUUACCAGAUAAUUUUAUUAUAAAAGCACUUCAAAAUGAAUUUUUGUGUUCAUAAUGUAAAUAAAUUCAUUAAAACUAGAAAAUACAAUUUGGGCAUACCUAUAUUUUUUAGUUACUUGCAAUUUUUAUACACAAUGGAAAUGUUGCUCAAGGGAAUGAACUCGAUAUGGAAAUGACUUGAACAGGAAAUUGUUUUUGUGUCUUGUCACAAAGUGCACUGAUUUUCAACUGUAGAAAACUUUUUACUGGUAACCUAAUAUUAAAAACCUAUUCUUCAUAUAAUUUCUAUUUAAAUUGAAUCUAGUAUACUUGAAUACAUCACACAUUCUCCAUGCCUGUAUAUGUAUAUAUUACAUUUCAUCUUUUAUGCAAUAAAUUGCAAAACGUCAAUUUUA